GAUAUAUUUGAGAUGGAAGAAGGUGCCAUUAAACCUGGUCAAAAUGUUAUUAUUGUAGAUGAUCUUAUCGCUACAGGUGGAACAGCAAACGCGGCGGGAAAGCUUGUAGAAACAAGCGGAGGGAAAGUUUUGGAAUAUGUUUUCGUAAUUGAGUUAUUGGAAUUAAACGGAAAAUCAAAUCUUAGCGCUCCUAUCUAUUCGAUCAUUAAGUUCUAA